CUUAAUACUUCCUCCAAGUCGCAGACGAGCGUCGCCGCGACGCUGCCGAGCGGCGUCAGCGUCGGCGCCUUCGCGGCGAGGGCCUCGAGCGUCUCGCGCUCGGCCGCUUCGAUCACGUCGAGUCGCGCUCGUUCGGAUUGCACAACAAAAAAUUGAGCGUCCAGCCGUCGGGACUCCGCUUGACCAUGGCGAGGGUGUUCGGGCCCGGCUCUCGCAUCCCGGCGUAGCAGACCGUCGCGCCGCCGCCGCCCUUCGCCGCCGCCGCGAGCGCCAGACUCGUCUUCUGCCACAUGUCCAACGCCUUGGCCACCUCGGUCCGACGCUUUAGGUCAUCACCGAACCGCAGGACGCCGGUGACGCCGUCGUCCCUAAUGCCAACUUUUUGAUCCAAUUCUGCCUGGUCCGUGGCCCACCGUUUCGCCAGCAUCGCGGCCGCUAACGGCUUCAUUUCGACCAGGUUUAGGGCAAGGCAGGGUGCCAUCAGCAGCAUCAGCAGCAUCGGGACGAGCGACGCCCGCAUGACUCCGUUUUCGGGCUUCCGCAGCAGUUCGGAUGGAUUUGGUGGUAACGCGAGCUUGGUUUGGUAUCCCGCGCCAAAUCGGCUGAGUAAUCACUCCCAAAAGCUGGCGCUCUCCCUGCCGCAAAAGCUUGGCACUGCUUCAAACAGCACGCAUACCUAGGCACGAACAUAUACGCGCAUUAAACGAGCUCAGCGAAGCGGCCAUUGAUCGCCGACGCAAGCUUAUUGCGAGCGUGCUCCUCUCAACAAGUGCUGCAAGGCAGCGCACCAGCAAGCUGCAAUGCGCCUCCUCCUCAUAGCUGCAGCGCUGCAAGUCGGCGCGUUCACGCCGUCCGGCGACGGCCGGCCGCCGAGCCGGCUGCGCGCGGAAGACAAACCGAAGGAUCCCAUCGUAAGCGCCGCCGGCUGGCCGCGCGUCAAGGCGCUGCUCGACCGGCUGCCGGUGUUCACGGUGGCGAACGAGCAGGGCCAGCCGCUGCAGUACGAGGCCGACGGAAAACCGCUCGCACUGCUGUACGCGGACGUAGAUGCGGCAAAAUCGGAGUUGAAAUCGGCGAAGGAGGAGCACCCUUCGUUAGGUCUGGACAUCGUGCCCAUGGGCCUCGGGGAGGCGUUCCAGCUGCAUCGAACGGGCGCCGCGGUCCUGAUCCCGUCGCAGGAUAGCAUGGAGGCCGCGGGCGCGCCCAAAGGCGCGUCGCCGCUCGGCCAAGAGUUACCUCUGUUCGCCUGCAUGGAGAUGGCCGUGCAAGGUGAAGACGGGAAGCCCGUACUGCCCUUGUUUUUGGAUCGGGCCGAGGCGCAGCAGGCCGUCGAGGACGCGAUGGCGGCCGACGACGGCGACGCGAAGCUCGAGAUUGUUGGGUUGUCGUUGCACAAGGCAUUGGAACAAUUAGUAUCGCAGGAGUCUUCUGCGUUCUCGUUCGUGCCGCCCGCAUCGUCCCUCGCGCACAUCCAGAGUUACCUCGAGAACUCGGGCGGCGUCGGCGUGAAUACUAGUCCGCCGUCGUAACUUGAACAGUGCUAAACGCCAUCGACGCGACGCCUCCCCGGGGGAACGCGUCGGAAGCACCGCGGACCGCGAAGACU